AUGUCGACUUUAAGAACGUCGUUUUUAAAGGUUCCUCUGGGCAAGACGUGCAAAGAGGCUAUACUCUUAGCACGCCACUCUUUAGCAGGUAAGCCUAGAGCUUUUGCUACAGUCUCUAAAGUUGGAAGUAAGACAUUUUCUACGAUACUAUUCAACGGUAGACCAAAUGCACGGAAGACGUAUAGAAAUCACAGCAAUCCAACACUAAGUUGUCGUUUCUUUCAUACAUCUCAAGUAGCACAUAUUGAAGAUCCGUACAAGGUGCUCAACAUUAGCAAAAAUGCUUCACCCUCACAAAUCAAGAAGGCCUACUUCAAAUUGGCAAAGAAGUAUCAUCCAGAUAUAAACAAAGCAUCCGAUGCCGAGGACAAGUUUCACGCUGUCCAGGAGGCUUAUGACAUUUUAAGCGAUCCUAAAAAAAAGCAGCAGUAUGAUCAAUUUGGGGCUGCAGGGUUUGGUUCCAACGGACAGGCAUCCGGAUCUGCAUAUAGCUCAAAUCCAUUCGGAGGAUUUGGUGGUGCGAGAACCGGAAAUCCUUUUGAAGGCUUCGGCAUUAAUUUGGACGAUUUAUUCGGGGGAAUGGGUGGAAGACGUGGUAAUCCAUUUGCAUCUAGCAACCCAUUUGGCGGUAGGGCAACGCAACAUGUGCAGGGCCAAGAUAUUGAAGUGCUAAAGACGAUCACAUUUAAGGAGGCUAUAUUUGGCACGAGUGUGUCUGUGAGAUACAAUGCAAUGAGUAAGUGUGGAUCAUGUAAAGGUUCAGGAAUGAAGGCAGGCCGUAGAAAAUCAACUUGCCCAACAUGCCAUGGUACAGGUUCGCAGGUCAGAAUUCUACAAGCCGGCUUCCAGAUGGCAUCAACAUGUAAGACAUGCGGUGGUACGGGUGUGGUUGUGAAAGAGGGCGACAAAUGUACGGAAUGCCAUGGCCGUGGUGUCACAAACAAUCAGAAAGAGACGGAGGUUCGCCUUCCGCAGGGUAUCAAGGAUGGAUCAAGAAUACGUGUUGCCGGGGCAGGUGACUAUCCAGAUAUCGCAUCAUCAGAUGGUUAUGUUCUAACUAGUGGAGAUUUGAUCAUCCGUGUGAGAGUGAGACCUGACAGGGAUUUCACAAGGACAGGUAAUAACUUAGUUUAUCAGUGUCAUAUUCCAAUGACUACCGCGGCUUUGGGAGGAAAAAUCAAGAUACCGACGUUAGAUGGCCAACAAGUUGUGCUUCGUGUUCCUUCCGGUGUGGCACAGGGUAAUGUGAUUUCCAUUCCAAACAAAGGUGUUCCAUAUGGAAGUGGUAGAAGAGGCGAAGAGAAGGUUGUUAUCAACUUGGAGGCAAUGAAACCUCUCAACUCAACACAGACGGCUUUACUAGAAGCCCUUGCCGAUGCAUUCGGCGACACUACGGCUAAUAAAACCGAUCCAUCUUGGAAACCACUGGAAGAUAUGGGUGCGGGAAAGAAGCAAGAGAAGACUGACACAAAGAUGGAGAAUGAAACCGUGUCCGAAAGGCGCCUGAGUGCUUUGGAGCGCAUCCAGAAGUUCCUCAUGGACGCCUUUAAGAGGAUUCGGGAGGAAUUUGAGAAGAACAACAACGACAACAAAAAGUAA